CUGAUCUUUCGUUCUUCUACUUUUCUUCUCAAGCCUUGAUCUUCUUUCUGGGUUUUGUCCAUCAGACUUAAAACCCUAAUUUGUUUUAGUCAGAAGGCUAUCGGAAUUUCAAUAUCCUGUAAGGGCAAACAUGUGGAACCGACUCGUGGGUAAACCUAAAAAGGAAACGAAUACUCUGACGACUUUGGACAAGUUAAAUGAGACACUUGAAAUGCUAGAAAAAAAGGAGAAUCUCCUUGCUAAAAAGGUUGCAGCAGAGGUCGAGAAGGCCAAAGAGUAUACUAGACGGAAGAACAAAAGGGCUGCAAUACAAUGUUUGAAGAAGAAGAGGCUAUAUGAACAGCAAAUAGAGCAGCUUGGAAAUUUCCAGCUGCGUAUUCAUGAUCAGAUGAUAAUGUUGGAGGGUGCUAAGGCCACCACAGAAACAGUAGAUGCUUUGAGAACUGGAGCAUCUGCAAUGAAGGCUAUGCAGAAGGCAACGAAUAUUGAUGAUGUUGAUAAGACCAUGGAUGAAAUCAAUGAACAGACUGAGAACAUGAAACAAAUUCAAGAAGCUUUGGCAACUCCAAUUGGCGCAUCUGCUGAUUUUGAUGAGGACGAAUUGGAAGCAGAACUUGAAGAGCUUGAGGGUGCUGAGUUGGAAGAACAGCUUCUGCAGCCGGCAACUACAGCUCCAGCAGCCCCAGUGCAGGUCCCAGCUGGGCGGCAGCCUGCUCGGCCCGCACCUCCACAGAAGCAAACUGCUGAGGAAGAUGAACUGGCUGCUUUGCAGGCUGAGAUGGCACUUUAAGCGGGUCCCCUCUGGUUUAUUUUACCGGGGUUAGAUUAGCGUUGCAACUAAUAUGGAAAUUUGGAAGACCUGCGUCCAAGCCAUCUUACUUUCAUGUUUUAUAUCACUUGGGGAAAUCGCUUGUACAUCAUAGUAUGAAUAAGAUUGCUUAUUCUGAAAAAUGUUGGGAUCUUAUUGCACGCAGUCGAUCUUAUUGAUGGUGCUAGAAUUUUGCAUCCAUUAUUGUGCAUUAUUAUGUGCAGGCGAUUGGGGAGUACUUAUUGUGAACUUACUUAAAAAGAAAUAGAGGAUGUUUUCUAACUUGGCAAAAAA